CGAUACUUAACGCUUGUAUCCUAGCAGAAUCAUCUCGAAUACCAUUUGCAGGAGGUUAGCAAAGUAACUUCGUUCGAGUCCAGGGAGUAAAAAGAAAAAACCGAUAAGUCAUAACAUAGUUUGUAAAAAUGCAACCUCAAAUAAUUUUACUUAAAGAAGGCACAGAUGCCUCACAAGGAAAACAGCAAGUAAUAUCAAAUAUAAAUGCAUGUCAAAUAGUAGUAGAUGCUGUGAGGACUACUUUAGGUCCGCGAGGCAUGGACAAACUCAUUGUUGAUCAGAGUGGGAAGGCAACCAUCUCAAAUGAUGGUGCAACCAUUUUAAAACUUUUGGAAAUUGUUCAUCCUGCAGCAAAGACUUUAGUAGAUAUUGCAAAAUCUCAAGAUGCAGAGGUUGGUGAUGGUACUACAAGUGUAGUCUUAUUAGCUGGAGAAUUUUUAAAACAAAUGAAACCAUUUAUUGAAGAGGGAGUACAUCCACGUAUAAUGAUUAAAGCACUUCGUCUUGCACUUCAAGUAGCAAUUGAAAAAAUAAAUACAGUGAGUGUAAAGAUAGAUAAAUCUGACCAAACAAAAUUAGUAGAACUUUUAAAAGAAUGUGCAGCUACAUCUAUGAGUUCAAAGUUAAUUCAUCAGCAGAAGGAGUUUUUUAGUCAUAUGGUUGUAAAAGCUGUCAUGAUGCUUGAUGAAAUGUUACCUCUUAACAUGAUUGGAAUUAAAAAGGUUUCUGGUGGGGCAUUGGAAGACUCGGAAUUAAUUAAAGGUGUAGCUUUUAAAAAAACAUUUUCCUAUGCUGGAUUUGAAAUGCAACCUAAAAAAUAUGAAGACUGUAAGAUUGCUUUAUUGAAUAUAGAAUUAGAACUUAAAGCAGAAAGAGAUAACGCUGAAGUACGUGUGGACAAUGUUAUGGAAUAUCAGAAAAUAGUUGACGCUGAAUGGCAAAUUUUAUAUGACAAGCUUGAUAAAAUUCAUAAGAGUGGAGCACAAGUUGUAUUGUCAAAAUUGCCAAUCGGUGAUGUCGCUACACAGUAUUUCGCGGAUCGAGAUAUGUUUUGUGCUGGUAGAGUUCCUGAAGAAGACUUGAAACGAACGAUGAAAGCAUGUGGUGGGUGUAUUCUAACAACUGUACAUGACAUUAAAGAAUCAGAUCUUGGUAGAUGUGAAAUGUUUGAAGAAAGACAAAUUGGAGGAGAAAGAUUUAACUUUUUCUAUGAAGGAUUACGUGCUAAAACGUGCACUUUUAUACUCCGUGGAGGAGCAGAACAAUUUUUAGAAGAAACUGAAAGAUCUUUGCACGAUGCUAUUAUGGUUGUUAGACGUUUAUUUAAAACAAAUGCCUAUGUAGCUGGUGGUGGAGCUAUUGAAAUGGAACUCUCGAAAACAUUACGAGACUAUUCCCGUGUAAUAGCAGGAAAGGAACAACUUUUAAUUGGAGCAAUAGCUCGUGCGCUCGAGGUUAUUCCAAGACAAUUGUGCGAUAAUGCUGGUUUCGAUGCAACAAAUAUUUUAAAUAAAUUGCGACAGAAACAGCAUAAAGGCAUGCAUACUUAUGGUGUUGAUAUUAACACUGAAGAUAUUGGCGAUAAUAUGUUAGCUUAUGUCUGGGAACCUGCUAUUGUCAAAAUUAAUGCCCUAACAGCUGCAACUGAAGCAGCAUGUCUUAUUUUAUCUGUUGAUGAAACUAUAAAGAAUCCUAAAAGCAGUCAAGACAAUGGACCACAAGGUCCAAUGGGUCGUGGCAUGGGAAGACCAAUGUAAUAAUAAAUCGCUUUAUUGGCUUCAAAAAAACGUACUAAUAUAUUGCAAUCCGUUUAUAUUAUGACAAAUUAUU